AUGGGAGAAUUAGAUCCAAAACCUUUUCAAGAUUUGUGCUUGCAAAAGUACAGACAUGAGCAAUGGCAGGAGAUGUCUGCUAAGUUAUGUUCAUCAUGGGAAGAGAAUCUGAAGGAUCCAACUUGGCAUCCUUUCAAAAAAAUUGAGGCCAAUGGCAUACUACAGGAAACAUUGGAUGAAAAUGAUGAAAAAUUGAAAGCCCUGAAAAGUGAAUGCGGUGAAACUGUGUACAAGGCUGUAACAAAUGCAUUAAUGGAAAUAGAAGAAUACAAUUCAAGUGGAAGAUAUGCAGUUGCUGAAAUUUGGAACUGGAAAGAGGGAAGGAAAGCCACUCUAAAAGAAAUUAUACAGCAUAUUAUCAAGCAAUUGAAUACUCAUAAGCAUGUGCAGAUGGGGAACCAAAGCUGUGAUGAGUCUAUGAGCAAGCAAAGCAUAGGUUAUGUGAACCUGAAGGAGAGGAUUGAAAGCCAGAAGCAGAAAAUUCUUGACGUGGAGGAUAAUAAUAUUUUGAAAGACGGCUGCAAGAGAGAACUCAACAAAUCCUUAAAAAUAGUUAUGAACAUGGUUGAGAAGGAAACAAUGCUGGAUAAGGAAUGUCAGAAAGAAUUAGAACAGGUGAAAGUUUUGAACUAUAAAAUGAGCCAUGACAUUGAAUGUAUCAAGAAAGAGAAUGAGAGGAUCACAAAGGAAUUGGCAGAGAGUAAGGCAUUAAAUGAUAAGCUGCAGAAGAAACUUACUGAGGAGAAUGGGCGGAUGAUUAAGGAAUUAGAAGAGAGUAAAACCCUAAAUGAUAUGCAGCAGAAGAAAUUUAGUGAAGAGAUUCGAAAGAAUGCAAUGCAAAUUGGCUCUCUUCGGGUGGCUCUGAAGCUAAACAAAGAUAAUAACGUUUCAGAUUUGGACGAGGGACUGAAGGUUAAAUAUGAACAACUCAAAGCAAAAGUGAUUGAGCUGGAAAAACAAACAGAAAACAUUCAAAACCUGGAAUUUGAGAAUCAGGAACUUCAAAAGAAGUUAGAUGUGAUGAAGCACAUGGAAGAUGAAUUUCUGAAUAUGGUGAGCGAUUUACAUAUGAAUAUAGUGGAAAAGGAACGGGCACUUGAAGACUUAGAAGAUUUCUACCAAUCACUAAUCAUUAAAGAACGAGAAAUCAAUGAUGAGCUUCAGAGAGCUAGGAAGAAAUUGGUGGAAGGAAUUGCGGAGACAUCAAACCUUCGUGACAAUAUUGGUGUGAAGAGGAUGGGUGAAAUAGACACCAAGCCUUUCCUUACAACUUUUAGGAGGAGAAGAAAUACCGAUAAAGAGGAAGCAGAACAGACAGCUUUGGAAAUGUGUUCAUUAUGGCAAAAGUGUGUGGAGGACCCUGAUUGGUAUCCAUUCAAAAUAAUAACAAAAGGGGGGAAAUCGAAGGAAGUUAUAAAUGAAGAAGAUGGUAGGCUACAAAGGUUGAAAAAGGAAAUGGGUUCUGGAGCAUUUAACGCAGUGGUGGCAGCUCUGAUAGAAAUGAGUGAAUACAAUCCGAGUGGGAGGUUUAUUGUAAGAGAAAUGUGGAACGAAGGAGAAGGAAGGAGAGCUACAUUGGAAGAAGGAAUUGAAUUCGUGACGAGUCUGUUGCGCCGGCAUACAUCAAGGCCUGCUCUGCUGCUACAGUUUACAAGAGCGACGAGUGUGGAACGUCUACGAGGCUUAGCGAUUCUGCCUAAGCCGAAACGGGGCUGUGAUUACAAAGAGAGAGGCUCGAGUGGGAACCCUAAUUCCAUUCUUAAAGAAGGUGCCGCCAUCUCCUUUGCAUCAAAAGGAAACACUCCGAUCUUGUUUUCCCGUUCUCUCAGUGCGUAUAGAAAAAGUCCAGUUGGAACCACGGCUUAUUUCCGAGUUGGAUUUGCUUAA